AUGUUUUCAAAUUGUACCUUGGAACAACUUGGCUGUGGAAACGCUUCGGCAAACAUAUCGGAGGAUGCUGAGAUUUCAGACGACCGAGAAUGUUUUGGGAGAGAAGACAACCGGACUGAAGUAUUCUUCAAAGCAUUGGCUUAUUCUCUCAUACUUCUUGUUUCUCUUUCUGGAAACAUUUUGAUCCUGAUAAUCACUUACAAAAACAAACAGUUGCGAAAAUCGGUCUAUUACUUCGUGUUCAACAUGGCAAUAUCCGACUUGUGUAUUCCACUGACCAUCAUGCUCAUCAGAAUCGUUAACAUCUCUGCGGGAUCAGAUUCUUGGAAAGUUGACAGUCCUAGGCUACUGGGAAACAUUCUUUGCAAACUGUGUCACUUUCUUCCGGAUGUUUCCCUUAUUGUAUCAAUCGAAAGCCUACUCUUGAUAUCAUUGGAUAGACUAGUGUCUGCACUGUCUCCACUAAACACCACAUUCGAGUCAGCGAAAGCACGUGUUAUUGGAAUUCUGUGUACGUGGAUCACCGCCUCUGCAGUUCACUCUCCCUAUUUUUAUACUUUCAGACUGAUUUCAGAGGAAGACGGAGAAACUCUAUGCGUGUUUGACUGGGAACCAGCCUUCGAUCGUCAAAAAACACACAAGAUAUAUAGCACAACAAUUCACAUCGCUUUUGUCAUCACACCGAUUUGUCUCCUAAUCAUUGUGUAUGGGACCAUUGCCUGGAUCUUGAAGAAGAGAAACAACCGAAACAGGACACAACUUUCCUAUCAACUACGUCGUCUAGAGCAACAACGAAGAAAGGUCAUCCAAAUGACGGUGGCCUUAGUAAUUUGCUUCGUUUCAUGCAUGAUACCGACGGUUGUUUAUAUGUUCACUCGAAUAUUCCUCUGGGAUUGGGAUGACCCACCCAUUUGUGCGUUUGAAACGGUGCUUAAGUUCAUAGCUGGAUUCAUGGUGUUGUCUUGGAGCGCUUUGAAUCCAUGCACCUGCUUGAUAUUUACGAGGAUAUAUCGUAGAGGCCUUAGAAGACUUUUACCAAUCCUCAGUUGACCUAUCGACGACUGAGAGAAGUAGAUAACAACAGAUUUUAAAAUGAAAGAACAAAAAAAAAAAAAAAAAAAAAAGCCAAGCAAAAAAAAAAAAAAAAACGCGUCAGGGAAUUUACCCGCCAUAAUGUGUCAUACGUUUCCUUUUGCUGUGAUAAAGGGGAAGUCAUGUUAAUUAUUGUGGUCUGGUUAGCCUGUUACUCAUAUGGAAUCAAUCAGUAAAACACAAAGAGUUUGUCUCUGAGGCAAUGUAAAUCAAAUUGAAAUAAAACAUUUCUCUAGAAAUGAAGCCGGAAUAAAGAAAUUAACCUAAUGUUCAGAUGAAAAUUUGGAAUUAAUUUCUCUCUAACAGUUAACAUCCGGGAAUUUGUUUGGGGGAUAGGUUUAGGCCAUCUUGUCUGACAGAAAAUGAUAUGCGACAUUUGAACUGCCAAAUUUCUUUAGCUGUCAAAUCGUUGUGUUUGAUAGAGUAAUUAAAGGUCAUUUCUAGAACCAUUUGUUUCUGAAUUCGAUUCGUCCCAAGCGCAUAACAAAGUCAUUUUGUUGCCUUGCUCAGCAUGACGAUUGUUUAUGAGUUUGUAUAUAGAGUGAAACCACAGGUAACAAAACGUCCUCUUGUCGGGAACAGUUUCAUCAACUCCCGCAGUUGAAAAAUCUCGGCCCUCUCUUCCCACGUGUCCAGUCUUGCGGUUAUCCUUCGUUAGUCGUAACAACGUUCUUUCACAGUCGCUCACUUUUGUAGUACCGGCAAUUCCUCCGACCAUUCCUAGCUUCUGCUUUAAUCUUAGGCAGAGGCUUUUCAACUUAAGUAAUAACUUGAUGGUUAUUGCUAUAAAAAGGGUACAAUGGAAAAUUCAAAGUCAGGGUAAAUCGUCGAGCUUCAACCAUCUCGCAUAGGCUCAAGGGAUAGAUGGGAAAAUUAUAUUAGCCGCUGGUGGCAAUACGGAUCACACAUUUAAUGAAUUCCACCCAGCCUGAUUACGUGCUAAAAAUCAGAGUUUUACUAUGGUGAGCUCGUGGAUAAAAUUUGCAGAAGAGAAUUAUAAUAAUAAGUUAUUGUUUUAGAAGCCAAUGAUCCUGUGAUUCCAAGAAACAGAAUUGAGCCUCUGGCAAAAAAAGAGGGUUAAGGUAACCUGUGGGUUAGUACUCUGAAUAACGAAAUAGGAAAGUUGAUAUUUCCCUUACCGUGGGUAAAUUUAAUUUUAUCGAGAGAAAAUAACUUCUCUUGAUUUGAUAUAUCAUUUAUAGUACUACUGUUCAGAAUGCCUUUUAAUGGUAGUUUUAAUUGAAAUACACACACACACACACACAUAUAUAUAUUAAGUAAUAUUAAUAAUUAAAGCACAUAAAGUGUCAACAACAAAACUGAUAGCUCCUAUAAACCUUUAACCGUAACAGAAAAUAUUUCAAUUUCCACGUUGACGGUAAUAAUUGAAUAAUUAAGUCUGUUGACGUUCUUGGAUCGGCGUAUAUGACUCAACAUGUUACAGGAUCAACUCGCUCUGAGGGAUAUAGCCUCGUUCUAAUAAUUACAAGAGGCGACGUAAACUUAGUUUAUGAUGUCAAAGUACUAACUGAUCAUUUCUCAGAUCAUAAAGUUAUAUACUGCAAACUAGAUCGUUCAACGGCACCCUGUUUCUAAAAUAUACGUCAUGUACAGAUCAAGUAAGCUUUUGACUGCUGAUGUUUUAGACGUCAUUGUAGCAAAAACUGCAUUUGGGAAAGACAUAUAUGGUCAGUUGCCGUCGACUUGACAAAAUUAGUCAAUCAAUACAAUACAGGCUCGGAUAAGAUUCAAAACGAUCUCGCGCCCAAGAAAUCGCGAUGGAUAACUAAGCGGGCACAUGCAUCCUGGUACGAUGACGACCUCCGUUUAGCUAAGCGCAUAAAACGGAGAGCACAGCGUAUUUUCUGGAAAACUGGUCUCGUAGUUCAUAAAGACGUUUCCACAGAGGCAUAUAUACCGGCUGAAUUUAUCAGUUUCUUGAGGAAGAAAAGAAAAGAGAAAAAAAUAGCUAGGCUGCAUGAUAUGACGAAAAACGACGAAAUAAAAAAGAAACUGCUUUUAUUCUUGAAGAAGUCGACGUUUUUUUAGGAGAUAUCGACCGUUCAAGUGUCAGUGGACAAAUAAUUAAUAAGUUCCAUGAUCAACUACGCUUUUUGCACGUGCAUCGGCAUAGUGCUGUCAGUCGACCGCUUCGGCUUCACCAGGUAGGAAAAUUACCGUUCUUUUCCCAGUAAUGCAACCAUUUUUUAAUUCCGGAAAUUCAUCCGCACAUCAAAAGCUUGUGCUUGGAUCUUUCACUGAGGCCCCUCAAUCCAACUGAUAACUUGACGGUUAUUACUAGAUGGGAAAAUUCCGUUCGCUACCCAUCCUUAACACUUUGGUCAAACAAAACAGUGACUACAACGAAGUUCUGUGUUGUUGUGAAAACAAACCAUCCUAAAUAUAACUUUUAAAUAGCUCACUCGUGGAUUGACGAGUAUCAAGGAAGAUAAUGACUGUCAGCACAACCGUGAGACAUUCUUCGAAAACAGCUCACAGACAAAGAAACCACUCAGACUCGAGUCAUUCCGACCAAGCUUGUGAAAUAACAGCCGACUCCGCUCUAGAGGUUACAGCUAAAGUUUCAUUUUUCGGAAAUAUCUUUCUUCUUGUGGUCAUUUACAAGAAAAAGCAGCUACGAAGAUUCAUCAACUACUUCGUUUUCAACAUGGCUGAAUCCGACCUCUUCAACCCUUUGACCGUCCUGACUGUGAAGAUCGUUGAGAUCAUUUCAGGAUCGAGUUCCUGGAAAGUUGAUCGUCCGUGGCUGCUAGGAAACAUUCUAUGCAAACUUGCCUACUUUCUGCCAGAUGUUUCUGUCGUGGUUUCCAUCGGAAGCCUUCUUUUGAUCUCU